AUGACUUUCUUCCAAAACCAGUGUGAGGAUGACUGCUAUUCUCCCUGCAAUUAUGGGAGCCUGUACAGCUACCGCAGCUACGACUGUGGGAGUCCCUGCGGAUACAGGGGCUAUGGCGGCCUCUACGGCUACCGAGGCCUCUAUGGCUUUGGGGACCGGUAUGGCUGUGGUGGUCUCUACGGUUACCGGGGCAUUUAUGGCUCUGGGGACUACUAUGGCUCUGGAGGUCUGUAUGGAGGCUAUAGGGGCUACUAUGGCUUUGGAGACUGCUACGGCUACCCAGGCUUCUAUUCCGGCCGCUAUGGCUACCCCUUUGGUUCACGAUAUGGCCUGAGGUACGGCUACGGGAGCUGCUAA